ACCAUCCCCAUCGCUCCCUAACAUCCCUAUCGCUCUUUCCCUCGCUCUCUCUCUCCUCCUGCAGCUGUGGCUUUCUGAGCAUGCCUCUUAGACAUCCAACGGCUGAGCGCACACGAGUGGGGGAAGGAAGAGAGGCAAGAGAGGAGGGGCGAAAAGAGAUUCCAGCAGACCUAGUUUGAGAAAGCACAGACAAAUAGCACCUCGAGUAGGAGCAAGGAGGGCAAAUAUUUAGAGAUUUUCACAUUAGAGGACAUUUGAAACAGGGAGAGUUGACAAUGCUGUGACAAUGUGAUGGCCAUUCGUAAGUCCUUUUCAGAGGGGGAAAGAAGAUGAGAAAGGAGUGAAAAGGGCUUUUUGUUGAUGGCCGUGUGUGUGUCUCAAUGGGCAGUGGGGCACGUCAGGCAUUCGAGGGUUGACCGCACUCCGGUGGACAUUCUAGGACACUCACCUAGAACGGAUCGUCGAUCAAAGGGACACAUUAUUUUUCUUGUUCCACCUGAGUCUCCGCAAUAAGCGCUUUCGGUUGUCAAGGGGAGAGCCUCUUUGAAGUGAGAGUACUUGUUAUUGAAAAGGACACGAGGCUUGUUGUUUUUCAGGGAUUCAACUUGAAAGAUAAACUUUUCUCUGUCCUUUCUUUUUGAGGUUGUUCCCUUUUAUGUGUCAAAAGGGGAGGUCGGGGGAUGAUUUUGUGGGUCAACAGAAAGAGAACAUUGGAAUCGCAGUUGUUCGUUUCCUUUUGUCAACACAAUAUCUUGGGAAUAUCACAGUGUUGGGGACAUGUGAGGAUUACAAUGGAGACGAAACCAUUAUUUUUUUACAGUGGAUAUCCAAUACUCACAUAAUGAACCCUCUCCAUCAUGUUUUUUCACUCUGUGCAACGGUAUGGAAUUAGUGCUUGGGUUCGCAAUUCCACAUUGGCAUCAAACCGGAAACAUAAUGCUGCGAAACAAUAUGAUUGAUUAUAACUAGAGACGUAAGUGUAAGUGCAUUGCUGAGUCCAUGGUGCUUUUACUUACUGCUCGGAAGAGCUCCGGGAUAAUUUUUGUAUGCGGCAGCUAAUCAACAACGUCCGACAUCUAAAAUGAUAUCAACCACUGACAGAAUUACAAGAACAUUAAACUAAUACAAGAACAAUUCACAGUUACUGCAAAUACUAAAGGACUACAAAUCAAUGACGUGGAAGUAUUAUUGGCAGUAAGGAUUUUUAUUUAUUUAUUAGGAUCCCUAGGUAGUAAUGCAGUUUCAAAGUUUGACUGUUUCCCUUGACUUGCUGGGUACUGAAUAGAGGUUGAAGAAUAACUGUUCGUUUUUAUGGAGGUAUUUUGGGGGAACUGAUGUCGAGUCAUGCAAGUGGACCUGACUUUGUACAAACACUAAUCUGAUGGGACUACAACUAUCUGAACCAACUUGCGGUACCACAAUUACCUACAGUAUACCUGAUCAACCAACAGUACUAACAUGAGCUGAUGAACAGAGACAGUAACCACAAAUGUAUUAUAAUAUCCAACCCUCUUUGAACCCAGGUUUUUGCUUUGACCUACAACCUUCAUUCUUUUUUUUUUCUUAUUUUCUUCUUUGACGUUUGUCUUUUUCUUGGAACUUCAUUUUUCUCUGACCUUUGUUUCAUCUUUUGUCUUGGACCUUUGUUUCACUUCUUUCUUGGACCUAUUUUUCUCUUGGACCUUCACCACCUGGUCAGUAUGGUGCCACCACCGCCCGCCAACAUGCCUCAUGUGUGUUUGUCUUCCAUCUUGAUCAUGGGCAGCAUGGCGCUGAUGGACGCCUACCUGGUGGAGCAGAACCAGGGGCCCAGGAAGAUCGGUGUGUGCAUCAUGGUCCUCGUGGGGGACAUCUGCUUCCUCAUCGUCCUACGCUAUGUAGCCGUGUGGGUGGGUUCCGAGGUGCGGACCUCCAAGCGUGGUUACGCCAUGAUCCUAUGGUUCUUCUAUGUCUUCGUCCUGGAGAUCAAGGUCUACUUCGUCUACCAGAACUACAAGGCCGAGGACGGGAAGGGGGGAAGUUUGAACGGUUGGACUGGCAGCGGUGGCGUGGACGGGGUGGCACGGAAGGUGCUGACAUUGCUUCUGUCCAUCUGCGUGCCCGUGGUCUACAUCACAUUGGUGGCCAUCGACCACAUGGAGUACGUGCGGCCGCACAAGAAGAAGGAGGAGAUCCGGAGUCGACUCUUCUGGGUGGUGGUGGACUUGCUUGACGUCCUGGACGUGCAGGCCAACCUAUGGGAGCCUCAGAGGAAAGGGCUCCCCCUAUGGGUGGAGGGACUCAUGUUCUUCUACUGCUACAUCCUGCUGCUGGUGCUGCCGUGCGUGUCGCUGAGCGAGAUCAGCAUGCAAGGGGUGAACAUCGUGCCUCAUAAGAUGAUGCUCUACCCGAUUCUCAGCCUGGUGACUGUUAACAUUAUCACUCUCUUCAUUCGAGGCGGGAACAUGGUUUUCUAUAAGGACUCCAGGGUGUCUGGGAUACUGAUGGGUAAAAAUGUGAUCGCCAUUGUUCUCAAGACGUGCAGUUUUGUCCAGUAUCGUAGGCAUCUCGGCGAGGUCCCGUCUCCCGCCCUUGGGGUAGAUAUGCAGAAGAAUUGCGUUGUCCAUGGCCCGAAAGUGACUAUGCCUGUGCCCAUGCCGAUGCCCAUGCCACCCCAAGUAGUGAUUCAAGACUUCACAACGUUUCCCGAAGAGAUGGCGUGUAUGAGUGACACAGAGGUUGAGCAAACGUGACACAGGUCUUGGUGAGAAAGUAAUAAAGAUACAUAACAUAUUAUAAGCUUUAUUAUAGGACAUUCUAAAAGAUGAUGAUCUAACGAAGAACAAAAAAAAGAAAAAAGGUUAAAGGGAUACUUAUAUUUUUAUAAGAUGUUGUGCAGAACAAAGUAUGAUGUAUCUUUUAAUUUGGGGAUGAUUUGUGUCUCUUUGUGCACCUGCUCUGGAUAAGAGCGUCUGCUAAAUGACAAAAAUGUAAAUGUAAAUGUUAAACGACCUAAAAAUAUGAAUGUGAGGUGCUGGAUAGAGUAAAUGGAAGACAUUCUACUGAUCAAUGCUGUGUUUAUUGUUUAUUUCAGCAUCGUAAAGAGGCAGUUCAAUGAACAGUAGAGUACUUUCACUCUGACCGGCCCUCCUUUCCAGACUGUUUUCGUUCUAAUGCUGUUUGAGUGUCAAUGUGAACCAUUUGUAUUGAAUGACUUGUCUUUGAUAAAUGAGCCCUGCAUUAAAAGA